AUGAGUGUUUUUGAAACUUUGCAAACUAUUUGUGACAGCCCCAACAUCCCUUGGAAAAGUAUCAUUAUUGGGUUCUCUGCAGGCCAAUUCCUAUUUGAAACAUACAUUUCUUACCGUCAAUACAAUGCAUUAAGUUCUAAUAAAUUACCUGCAGUAUUGGAGAAUGAAAUUGAUCAAGAGACCUUUGAAAAAUCUGAGGCUUAUUCAAAGGCAAAAAUUAGAUUCUCUAUUGUGUCUGAUUUAUAUGCAUUGAUCCAAAAGAUUGCUUUCGUGAAAUUGGAUUUGUUUCCACGUUUGUGGCAUUUAGGGAACAAAGUCUCUACAAUCCUACCUGUUCAAUACAGGGCCGUCUCUACAAUUGCUCAAAGUUUAUGGUUCUUACUGGUUCUUUCAAAUAUCUCUACCGUUGCCGAAUUACCUUUCUCUUAUUACAGCCAUUUCAUUUUGGAAGAAAGAUUUGGUUUCAAUAAGACAACUAUAAAGAUCUGGAUCGUUGAUAUGAUUAAGAGUACUCUUUUAGGAGUUGCGCUUGGUGGUCCAAUCCUUUAUGGGUUUUUGAAGAUUUUUGAUUUAUUCGAAACUAAUUUCCUAUGGUACGUGUGUUUGUUCCUAUUAGUUGUCCAGAUCCUUGCAAUGACUUUGAUUCCAGUGUAUAUCAUGCCUUUGUUCAAUACAUUUACUCCAUUAGAAGAUGGUGAAUUGAAACAAUCUAUUGAAAAACUGGCAAAGAAAGUUGGUUUCCCAUUGGAUAAAAUCUUUGUCAUCGAUGGCUCCAAAAGAUCUUCUCACUCUAACGCUUACUUUACUGGGUUACCAUUCACAAGCAAACGUAUUGUCCUUUUUGAUACUUUAGUUAAUAGCAACUCUGUUGAUGAAAUUACCGCCGUGUUAGCUCACGAAAUUGGUCACUGGCAAAAGAACCAUGUCUUGAACAUGGUUGUAUUCAGUCAAUUACACACAUUUGCUAUAUUCUCCCUUUUCACCAGUGUCUAUCGUAACUUAUCCUUCUAUGAAACUUUUGGAUUUGUCGUUAAUGCCGCUGAAGGAACCAUCCCAGAAGUCGCCAUUCCAACUAAAGUGUUCACCACUGGUUUCCCAAUUAUUAUCGGUUUUAUGCUAUUCAAUGACUUAUUAACUCCAUUAGAAUGUUCAAUGCAAUUUGCAAUGAGUCUGAUGUCUAGAAUCCAAGAAUAUCAAGCUGACGCUUAUGCUAAAGGAUUGGGUUACACUCAAAACUUAUGUCGUGCUCUAAUCGAUCUACAGAUUAAGAAUCUAUCUACUAUGAAUGUCGAUUCUUUGUAUUCUGCUUACCAUUACUCUCAUCCAACAUUAGCUGAAAGAUUAAAUGCCCUUGGAUACGUUAGUGAAAAGAAGAAAGCUUGA